AGGAAAAGGAAGAAAGUAAUGGGGGUACAACAGAACACGCAACCUAUGUAUGUCGCAAGCAAAGAGUACAGAGACACACAACACCUCUUUUCUCUCUUGAUUACCUGCAACACUCUUCCCAUUAUUCAAAGUCGCGUCUUUCACCUUUCCCUCUUUACCUUAAGGGAAAUUCUAUGGGUGCUGUUCUCUGAAGUUUGAACUUUUGUGCACUUUUCAAUUGGUAAUUUCUAUUACCAAAUAUCCGUAUGAAGUGACAAAGACUUAGCAUCUUUGCGCGUGUCCCAUCCUCUUCUCCAACCUUUUUGACAAAGGUCAAAGAUAUUAUUCCCAACUCUCAUGGAGGUUAAGCUAUGGAAUGAUAAGCGGGAAAGGGAAAUGUAUGAGAACUUUGCGGAGCUCUUUGCUAUAAUAAAGGCAACCGAAAAGCUCGAGAAGGCUUAUGUUCGCGACAUCAUUUCAGCUACUGAAUAUGAAACUGAAUGCCAGAAGUUGAUUGCUCAUUUCAAGACCUUAUCUUCCACUUUGAAAGAUACCGUACCUAGCAUUGAGCGAUUCCAUGAUACCUACAAAAUGGAUUGCCCUGCUGCCCUAAACCGGCUCGUGACCUCUGGGGUGCCUGCCACUGUGGAGCACCGUGCUGCCGCUGCCACAUCAGCUGCAUCAUCAGCUUCUGUUGUGGCUGAGUGUGUGCAGAACUUCAUCACUGCCAUGGACUCUUUGAAGCUGAACAUGUUCGCUGUUGACCAGGUCCAUCCCCUGUUGUCAGACCUAUCAUCUUCCCUUAAUAAACUUUUAAUUCUGCCAGCUGAUUUUGAGGGGAAGACAAAGGUGAGAGAGUGGCUCUCAAGGCUAUCAAAAAUGGGAGCUGCAGAUGAGUUGACAGAGCAGCAGGCCCGUCAACUACACUUUGAUCUUGAAUCAUCAUACAAUUCUUUCGUGGCUGCACUGCCCACUGCUGGAACGUAAUUGCUUAUUUCAGGUGAUAUGUUUGUACAUAUGUGGCUGCAUUCUUGUUUUCUCUACCAAGUUUAUACUACAUAUGAUGCUUUAUUUGGUUGAAGUGCUGGUUGAUGAAGAUUCGGAAAAGAGUCGUGUAAUUUGUGGGACUGUUGUCUGGUUGUUCCAUUUUAUUCAACAUGAACUCAUCCCCAACAACAUUUUUAUUCGGUUUGCGUACUUCUCUUUUGUUACAUUAAAAAAUUGAGCUUUUGUAAAUAAAGUGGGAGUUUUGAUGUAAAACUAAGCUCCUUGGAAUUAACUUAUCAAGUAAUAUUGCAUUUAUUAUGUGGUA